AUGUCGAAUAAACGACCUUUAUCACCGGAAUCAACUAAUAGUCAAAUAACUGAUAAUAAUAUACGUUCAUUAAAACGUUUAAAACUUCAUUCACUUAUACAAGAAUUACGAAAUGAAGAAGCUAAUUUAGUUAUAUUGAAAAAACUACGUUCAUGUCAACAAUUAGCAACACGAACAAAUAAUAAUACAUCAUCAACUAAUACCACUACCACAACGACAACGACAACAACAACAACAACAGCAAAGACAAAUGGUUUUCAUCCAACAGCAACACGUAUUCCAACAACUACUAAAUCUACAAUACCUAAUACUUCAUUGCCACAUUCAUCAUCACGUACAUCUCUUCAACAAUCAUUGACAUCAGCUACACGAAAAUCAUCCAAUCCAAUAAAUCCACCAUUACCAACUAAAAUUCCUACACCUUUACCAACAAAAACACCUUCAUCAUCAACAAUUUAUUCACUUGAAGAACGUAAAACUCAAGCGAAAAAAGCUUUACGUACACAACUUGAACGUGAUUUAUUAAAUAUUCCAUCACCUAAACCUUUAUUAAGAGAUAUAUUAUUUAUACCAAAUCCAACUAGUCUUGAAUUUCAACCAUAUAUUGGUCUUGAAGAUGUUGUACAAUGUUUAUAUGAAUUACAAACUGAUCGUCAACGUUUACCACAACGUUUUACUGAUCGUGCACAUAUUGAUGAACCAUAUAUAUGUGAUCAUUGUGGUACAGAUUUUACAAUACGUUGGUGGAAACAUAUAAAUACAAAUCAACAAACAAAUAUAUUAUGUGAUCGUUGUAAAAAACAAGUUAUACGACGUACAUCAAAAUCUGAACAUUCAACAUUAUUAAAAAAUGUUUUUGUAUCAGCUAUGGAACAAGAAAAAGAAAUUGAAAAAACUUUUCAAACACUUAUUAAACAACAACAACAACAACAACAACAACAACAACAAAAAAGUGUAUCACGUUCAUCAUCAUCAUCAUCAAAUUUAUCAUCAGCAACAACAAAAUCAAUUACAAAUAAUAAUACUAAUCGUCCAAUGCCAUCUCCAAUAGCAACUAUUCCAUCAUAUAAUCAUCAUCAUCAUCAUCAUCAUCAACAACAAAAAACCAAAACAAAAAUAUCUUUACCACAAACACAAAAUUUUGCAACAAAAAUUUCUCAACAAUCAACAUCAUUAACAAAUGCAACACGAAAAACAAAUGCUAUUGUUCAAUCACAAAUGAAUUCAACAAAUAAUAAUAUUCGAUCAUUAUCACAUAAUAAAAUACCUAUGCCUGCUCAUCAACAACAACAAUUUCGUUCAGCAACUGCUUUAACACAACAUACAAAAACUAAUCAAUUAGUUAAACCACCUAAAACUGCUGUACGACAACAACAACAAGUUGUACCAUCUCGUCCUAUAUAUCAUCAACCAACAAAUGCUAUUAUUUCAUCUUCAACUAUUCAUCCACCAAUACCAUCAUCAGCUAAUUUAAGACCAACAGCAACUAAACGACGAACACUUCCUACAGUUAAUAUGAAAUAA